AUGCAACUCUUUGUCAGUGGCCAGGAACUACAUACCCUCGAGGUGACCAGCCAGGAGACAGUCACCCAGAUCAAAGCUCAUGUGGCUUCAUUGGAAGGAAUUGCCCCCAAAGAUCAAGUCGUGCUUCUUGCAGGCUCACUGCUGGAGGAUGAAGCCCCCCUAGGCCAGUGUGGUGUAGAGGCCCUGACCACUCUGGAAGUAGCUGGCCACAUGCUUGGAAGUAAAGUUCAUGGUUCCCUGGCUCAUGCUGGAAAAGUGAAAAGUCGAACUCCCAAGGUGGCCAAACAGGAAAAGAAGAAGACAGGCCGGGCCAAGGGACAAAUUUUAGUACAACCAUUGCCUUGUCAAUGUUGUGCAUGA